GAAGGCGAGCCACGUGGGACUGUACAGUACUACGCAAACGACCAAGGGAUCGCACUUGCGCAUCUACUCAUCCAAAACUUCGGUCGGAUAGAAUCCACAGGUCUUCCUACGGGAUUAAAGUGAUUUGUGGCUACCGCUUCCUCCUUCGCCGCCAAAAACUAUCUAACUCAAAAUGCGCCAUCUCGCUGCUUACCUCCUCCUCCAAAUCGGCGGCAACGCCUCUCCCUCUGCUGAGGAUGUGAAGAAGGUCCUGUCUGCUGUUGGCAUUGAGGCCGAUGAGGAGCGCCUGGGGAAGCUCAUCUCCGAGCUUGAGGGCAAGGACGUCAACGCGCUGAUUGCUGAGGGCUCCUCCAAGCUGGCCUCUGUGCCCUCCGGCGGCGCAGUUGCCGCUGCACCUGCUGCUGGCGGUGCUGCCGCCGGUGGUGCUGCUGCCGCAGAGGAGAAGGCCGAGGAGAAGAAGGAGGAAGAGAAGGAAGAGUCCGACGAAGACAUGGGCUUCGGUCUGUUCGACUAAACGCUAUCCCCCGCGUUCCCCACUUCUAUCACCGUGUCAUGACUUCCAGCUGUAUUACUGUAGCAACUAUGACAUGCUUUCAUCACGAUACAAAUGACCGGUGGAUCGCAUAUGCCUUCCAUGAUUCGCCGGAAUGAUCUG